GUUAUGUCCGGUGUGACGGCGUCAUUACGUUUUGAGGGAUCAGUGAACGUAGACUUGCGUGAGUUCCAAACCAACCUGAUCCCGUUUCCGCGAGUUCACUUCCCAUUGGUCAGCUAUGCGCCACUGGUUCCAGCACAUAAAGCACGGCACGAGCAGUUGACUGUGGACCAGAUAACCAGUUCAUGCUUCGAGCCAGCCAAUCAGAUGGUCAAAUGCGAUCCACGCACCGGAAAGUACGUCGGCGUCACGCUGCUCUACAGGGGAGAUGUUUCCCCCAGCGAUAUCAACAACGCUAUCGGUCGCAUCAAGAAUGCACGAAGCGUCAACUUUGUUGAGUGGUGUCCGACCGGAUUCAAG